UACUAAGCCUACAGACAAUCCUUCACAUAGUUAUUACAUGAUUGGAGUUGGCCGAGCUGACUGCACAGGUCCUUUGUCAGAUUUACCUUUGAUGGGUUAUGCCAGUCCAGAUCAGUCUGCAGGAGGAAUCCAUACACGUUUAUACAGCAGAGCAUUCAUUAUAGUAGAACCAGAAAGUGGCAAACGAGCUGUAUUUGUUAGUUCUGACAUUGGAAUGGUUUCCCAAAGACUAAGACUGGAGGUCAUGCAAGAGCUGAAGAAUAGGUAUGGUGAUUUAUAUGGACAAGAUAAUGUGGUGCUAAGUGGAACUCACACCCAUUCUGGUCCUGGUGGAUAUUUUCAGAACACACUUUUCAUGGUAACCAGCAAGGGCUACUUCAAACCGUCCAUAAGAGCUAUCGUUAAUGGGAUAGUGAAGAGCAUUGAUAUUGCACAUGAAAAUAUGAAAGCAGGGAGGAUCUUCAUAAAUAAAGGAGAGGUGGAAAACAGCAACAUGAAUCGAAGUCCUCAUUCGUACCUUAAUAAUCCACAGUCAGAACGGAACAGGUAUAAAGCAAACACUGAUAAAGAUAUUGUGGUGCUGAAAUUUGUGGACAUGGACGGGCAUGGCCUUGGAACCAUCAGCUGGUUUGCAGUUCAUCCUGUGAGUAUGAAUAACAGCAACCACCUUGUGAGCAGUGACAAUAUGGGAUAUGCAUCGUACUUGUUUGAACAAGAGAAGAAUAUUGGUUGCCUGCCUGGAGAGGGUUCAUUUGUGGCUGCUUUCGCAUCUACAAAUCUUGGAGAUGUGUCCCCAAAUACAAAAGGCCCUCACUGCAUAAAUACUGGCGAAUCGUGUGAAAAUGUUAACAGUUACUGCCCAGUUGGAGGAAAUUCAAUGUGUAUUGCAAUGGGUCCUGGAAAUGAUAUGUUUGAAAGCACUCAAAUUAUAGGACAGAACAUUUACACCAAAGCAAAAGAAUUAUAUCAAACAGCUAGUCGGGAAGUCAGUGGGCCAGUACACUUUGCACACCAGUGGGUGAAUAUGACUGAUGUUACAGUUGAGCUGAAUGCAACACACAGAGUUAAAACAUGCAAGCCAUCCUUGGGGCAUAGUUUUGCAGCUGGGACUAUAGAUGGAGUGGGAGCUUUUAAUUUCACACAAGGCUCCACUGAUGGGGACCCCUUUUGGGAUGAAAUUCGAGAUAUGCUGGUUGGUCCACCCUCCAAUGAGACAGCAGACUGUCAAAAACCUAAACCCAUUCUAUUCUGCACAGGAGAGUUGUCAAAGCCUGUCCCCUGGCACCCAGAUAUAGUUGAUGUUCAAAUCAUCACUAUUGGAAAUCUUGCAAUCGUGGCAGUUCCUGGAGAAUUUACCACCAUGUCAGGUCGAAGACUGCGAGAGGCUGUAAAAACAGAAUUUGAAUCUCAUGGGACUAUGGGAGAGAUGGAUGUAGUUGUUGCCGGGCUGAGUAAUGUCUAUACUCACUAUAUCACUACAUUUGAGGAGUAUCAGGUACAGCGCUAUGAAUCAGCAUCCACCAUUUAUGGCCCUCAUACUCUGUCUGCAUAUAUCCAGUUGUUUCGUGGCCUGGCCAGAGCUAUUGCACAGAAUUCAAUUGGCAAUCUGCCUAAAGGUCCAGAACCUCCAUUCUAUAGUGAAGAUCUACUAUUUUCACUGUUAGCGGACAAUCUUGCUGACUCAAAGCCUGUAAACACAUCAUUUGGAGAUGUAAUAAAAGACACAAUGCCACUGUACAGAACAGGAGAAGUUGUUGAAGUAACCUUCAUUAGUGCAAAUCUAAGGAACUCCGUUGAAAGUAGGGCUCUCCAAACAUUCCUUACAGUAGAGAGGUUGGACAACUUUACCAGCACCUGGAGUAUAAUACAUAAUGAUGCCUCUUGGGAAACCAGGUUAUACUGGAACAAAAAAGGAUUGGCUCAGAGUAAUGUUACUGUGUCAUGGUACAUUCCUCAAGCCGCCAAGCCUGGCACAUACAGAAUACAACACUUUGGACAUUACAAGCAACGUCAAGGUUCUAAAUUCAUCUUUACCCCUUACACAGCAACAUCAUCAGUAUUUGAUAUUUUAAAAACACAAGGCCUUUGAUAAGUACAGAAACACCCCAAUGACGCCAUUUUCUGACUGUAUUCUAUAAAUGCAUAUUUUUUUUGACAAAUGCAUUCAAACAUUUAUAGUCACAUGCAACUAAAGACUUAGCCUUCAGUACCAAAUUAUAAACUUUAACAAAUUAAAAACAUUAUCUGAUUAAUAAAACUUUGUUCUUUGUGUUUAAGGUCUUCCUUUUCACUGUUGAUGGCAGAGUUAUAACUUAUUACUGUCUGUCUUCUCUUAGAUGUUUAGGAGUUAUGAUUAAAAAAACAAGACUACAUGUUUAUAUAUAUGUACACAUCUAUAAUAUAUAUAAAAUAUGUACAUGUAAUUGUUGAGCUGAAAAUGAUUAUAAUUUAAUAUAUGCAACUGCACACCAAAAAUAAAUAGCUAGGUACGUGUUUGUUCA